AGGAAUGUCCCCACGGUCGUCCAGCCGCCUGACCAUGCGUUACUUGGAUGCAUGAGAGGCCGGGCAUGAAGUGCAACCCUGUCCAAUGAUUAUGCAGGGGAGAGGUGAUAAUGACUUCCUAUCAAGAGUUAACGGCCGAAGGGGAGAGUAGCCCUCUGUCCAUGGGCUUCUGCCGAGCAAAGGAGGUCAUAAACCGAGACCUGGACGGCAGGACUCAUCCUGAACUCGGCAGUCGUGAUGAGGAAGGGAAACUGGAUGUGAAAGUCGCCCCAGGAUUUAAUUCUCCACCUCUCCGGUACCUAACUCUCUCUAACAGUUUGGCUCUGUGUGCCCCUUUGGAUAGCCCUCCUCCCUCGUGUGAGACUCUCGAGGGCUUCUCGACACCGGCCUGCCCCCUCUCGUCCCGUGUCCCAUGGCGGUGCAGGGCGCAGGGGCAGGGCUCUCCGGGACGCGAAUUCUGCGUGUCAAAUAACAACGAAACCCUACAAUCAGGCGUUGAGACCCUUACAGAGCAAAUUCAUAUCUACUCUCGAAAUUGCCCCGAGAUUCACGCCGCCACGGGGAGUUCCGCUGGCUCGGACUGUAACGUAGCCUACAUGGAUGUAGGCAGAAAAAGUUUUGAGUGGAUGAGAGUGAAGAGGAAUCAGCAACGGCCGGCCAGGAUGCACAUGACCUGUGGGUUCAGCGUUGUUGAAUCGGGCCCCGGUGCUGUAGAGGCUGGGAGCAGCAUCAUCUACACGGAUGGCCAUCCCACGGUGAACGGGGCCCCAAGGACCAGCUUCAGCACAAAGCAGCUGACCGAGCUGGAGAAGGAGUUCCACUUCAACAAGUACCUGACGCGGGCCAGGCGGGUGGAGGUGGCCAGCGCCCUGCAGCUCAGCGAGACGCAGGUGAAAGUUUGGUUUCAGAACAGACGCAUGAAGCAGAAGAAAUUACAAAGAGACGGGCUGCUCUGCGACCCGCUGCCCGCGGCACUGCUCUCACACGCGGACACUUUGGACACCUGCCCCUCUCCUUGACCGACCUCGCCAAAACACCUGCCCCUGAACUCCCGAACCGCAGGAGCUGCAUCACGCGUUACACAUGCAAGGGCGCCUGCCUGCAGAUGUUUUGAUGCCCGUUUGCAUCGCUUUCAAUCAGGCAUCACCUCUAUUUGCUUACCACGAUGGAUGCGUAUCGCAAGAAGCGCAAUGCCAAGUUUCUUCAUGCAAGAACGGGUCAAAACAAUUUGUCAUCCUCUCCCGGCUUCAGACUGGCGCUCUGAUUUGAAUAUUAAAAUCCAAGUCACUGCAUCGCGCUCCUUAUCUACACAAUGUAAACAAGGAAACAAAAUUAAAUCAAUUGUCCAUAGAAACUGUGGCAGACUAUUUGUUUUUUAUUUUGUACAAUUUAUCCAGGAACCGACUUUACUUACAUAUGUAUUCAACAGGGCGCGUGCCUCCUAGUUUUGUUUAAAAUAGAUAUUUGCUAUUUAUUAAAAGUCUACAUUUGAAAUUGUUCAUUCUAGUGACAGAAAGAAAAUACAUUAUUAGUAGUCUAAAUUUGACUAAUUAUUCCAACAGAUUACAAUAUUGCUUUCUCAACCACUUCAAGAUGCAGCAGAUUUAUUUUUAUAUUUCUU